CUCUCACCUUUAUCAACCCUGACCUUUGAGCUGUAAUAUCACGGGGAGGGUUGCUAAACCGGUGUUCAAACUUUUUCCUCUCAAAACAGGAAUGUUUCUUCCCACAUUUUGUGAUAUAUCAUAACUUCGGUGUAAAAAGAAGAUGUCCGUACAAGAGGACAGAGUUUCGGGGGUAGCUUAUGAGAGUUUUGGCGAGACGCCCGCAAAUAAUAUUGCUUCAGCGUCGACGGAAAGUUCAGGCGAUGGGGUCGAGGACAACAGUGUCAUCGUUCUUAAGUCCUGCCCGCAGAUCCAGGCCAGUAGACGGGACCGAGGCACGCCCGUGGCCGGAGCGAUUUUCAUCGUGGUGAACGCCUGUCUCGGCGCCGGGCUGCUGAACUUUCCCGCGGCGUUCCAGGGGGCGGGGGGCAACGCUGUCGGGGUCUCCAUGGAGGUGGUUUUCCUGGUGUUUGGAGCAGUGGCAGCUCUGAUCAUGGCAUACUGUUCGGACCUGUGUCGCGUGAGCACGUACCAGGACGUAGUGCAGACGGUGUGCGGACACAACACCGGCAUCCUGUGUGACCUGGCCAUCAUCCUCUACACCUUUGGCACCUGUAUCACUUUUAUCAUCAUCGUGGGCGACCAGGUUGAUAAAGUUAUGCAGUGGGCAGCAGGACCAGACUUCUGUUACAACUGGUACAUGAACAGGAAGUUCACCAUGAGUGUUAUCUCCAUCCUCAUCAUCCUGCCCCUCUGCAUCCCUAAAGACAUCGGCUUCCAGAAAUAUGCCAGUUUUCUCGGUGUAGCGAGCAUCCUGUAUGUAACAGUGAUAGUCUCUGUGAAGUACUACACAGGAGGGUACCCUCCCGCUGAUGUGGUCACAAGCCCAAAGACUUUCACAGAUGUGUUUAUAGCAGUCCCUACAGUUUGUUUUGGCUUCCAGUACCACAUCAGUGCAGUUCCAGUCUAUGCCAGCAUGAGAAAACGGAACCUGGGCAGUCUGGCUGUUGUCAUGUUUUUUGCCAUGGUCAUCGCAAUGCUGGUAUACACAGCCACAGGUGUGUAUGGUGGGUUAACGUUUGGAAGCAGCGUAACGAGCGAUGUGCUGCUGUCCUACGAUGCUAACGACGUCUCCGUCACGAUUGGUCGAGCAGCCCUCACGCUCGACAUCCUCACGUCAUAUCCCAUACUGCACUUUUGCGGAAGAACAGUACUUGAUGGGUUUUACGUAAGAUGGCGCCGGUUGUCGGCGGAAGACAACCUUCGACAGGAGUUUGUGCGUCGCGUCGUGGAAACCAUGGCGUGGUUCUGGCUCUCGCUGUUUUUCGCCAUCAUGAUUCCGAACAUCGGGCUGGUCAUUUCUGUCAUCGGGGGGCUGGCAGCUGUCUUCAUUAUGGUCUUCCCAGGUUACUGCCUCAUCCAGGCCGUCCUGCUACAGCAGCCAUCAGACAACGUGCACAAGGACCGCGCCCUCCUAGCGCUGGGCGUCCUCUACGUGUUCCUGGGCACCUUCAUACUGGGGGAGAACACUGCCCUCGCCAUCAUAGACGACUUGAACGGGAAAAACUCCUUACAACAGAUCUGUACUGUUACUUGAUAAAAUGUGAUUCAGUUAGUGUCAUAUUAUCCCAAUGUUACUUAAUUAUUUGUUGUGUUAUGAUAAAUUUUACACAUCAAGGUAUUUGUUCUACUGGAAUAAGCUACGCUUACUCUUAUACUUUUCAAAAUGG